GUGUGCUGGUCUGUCAGUUUAGUGUUUUUAUAUGGGGGUGUUGUAGUGGACGGGGGGGAGAGAAAGGGAAUUACACGGUCCUGACUGUUAUUCUUCUUGCAACCCCAUCAAUCUUUUCUAUUGGAAGGCUACAAUCAGCGUGUUAGGAUUCACUAGGACCACUUACCUUUUGGGGAUAUUUUUUAAGCAGCUGACGGAGGAGGGGGAGGAGGCAGAAAGACACCUGAUUAGAGAUCAAUCUCUAUCUGUUACUAUCGCAAAAAUAAAUAAAAGCCGAAGGAAGAGGACCUUUGAUUUUGCAUUAGAUGUUGGCACGCCUGCAAUCAAUGUAAUUAUUAAAGCUUGCAGACAUUAUCAAAGAAAAAAACUACCUGUAAAGGACCCGCGUGAUUUUUUUUUAUUUUUGAAGGCAGUCGCUUAAACUGCAUCGAAAAAAAACGUGUUUAUUCAGGAGCAAGGCUUUAGAUACGAAAAAGCGAAUUAUUUAAUUUCCACUGGAUUUAUGACAUAACCGACACUCUUAAAGAGCUGCAUUCAAUUUUAGUGAGCCAUUGUUUUUCGAACGGGGUUGUUAGUUUUCUUUUUUUUUUUGCUUUAGAAGUUGAGCGAAGUGCACCCGUUUGCGCAUUUCCAGAUUAGCUCCGGUGGGCUAUUUGCUCCAAGGAGUCUUUUCCCGAUCCAAGUGGUGAAUGCCGAGCAGUGAGCUCGGUUAUCGUGUGUGAGGUGUUAUUUUUAUAUAAAAAAAACACCGUGUUUUGGGGCGAAGUGAGCCUGCCAACAAAAAGGGAUCCAUCUACUGAUCCGAUUCGAAUACACCCCGCCGUCUACGUGCUUGGAAAACUCCGAACCGAGAGAGGAGGCUCAGCAAGGAAAGUGGACUGGAUAGAUGCUAAAGUGGCCUGAGAUUUUUAUGGGUCUUCUCCUUCAUCCAAAGCUGCUGUGUCGAACAGGUCACCCCCGGCGCAGUGCUGAAGCCUGUCAGCUUUAAAAGGAAACCUACCUGCCUGCUUCAGAUUCCACCAAUAAUCACCACUGAAGCUCUCUAUCCCUCCUAGCCACCCUGCUGUCCUGCUCUGCUUUCUGCCUGCAGGGAGAGGAGGGAUGUCUCUGCUGUAACUCCUUUCUCUGCACGAAUCCACUAGUCGACAGGCGUUCGUCUCUCGGGCACAGACAUGGACGACUACGACGCGAGGUCGGCCGCUAGCAUUUUGGCCUCGGUGAAAGAGCAGGAGGCCCGUUUCGAGAGGCUGACCCGCGCUCUCGAGGAGGAGCGCCGCAAUGUCUCCCUGCAGCUGGAGCGCGCCAACUUGCCCCCCGAGCGGCUGGGCGUCUGUGCCGUGGGCAGCAGCCAGCCUCUGGCCUGGCAGCAGCUGGUGAUGCAGGAGCAGAGCCCCAGUAACCAGACGUCACUAGCCAUGAUGCAGGAGCCUCAGGAGCUGGUGGAAGAGACGGUGACGAUCGAGGAGGACCCUGGAACGCCCACCUCGCACGUCUCCGUGGUAACCUCAGAAGAUGGAACCACUCGCCGGACUGAGACGAAGGUGACUAAAAUGGUGAAAACCGUGACCACCCGGACGGUGCGCCAGGUCCCCAUGGGUCCAGACGGCCUGCCCGUAGCGGACGGCUCCUCUCCGCUGGGCAGCUACACGGACUCCAUUGACCGCAGGUACAUGAAGAACGGCGAUCGGUACAUCACCCCCCAGGCCACCUCCACCCUCACCCGCUCCUACAAUAACUACAACGACUCCUACACCGACACCCCCGAGGGGCAGUACCGCCACUACGGUAUCCACGAUGGCUACACAGACAUGUCGGACAACUACGGCAGCCUCUCCAGAGGGGUCAACUACCGCCCGCGCUACGCCUACAUGCCCCCCAAUAACUACCGGCCGGAGAACAGCUACACGCUCCCCAUCAGGAAGGACGACUACGGCCACAUGGCUCAGCCCCAGGUUUCCAUUGGGAGCAACAACGCGGAGCUGAACCGCUCCCAGCCCGAGCGCUUCCAGCCCGAGCCCUACGGCCUGGAGGACGACCGGCGCAGCCUGGGCCCCGAAGAAGAGGAGGCCUACGAGCUGGAGCCGGACUACUCCACGGCCGGGCGGCGGACUCUCGGAGGAGCCGACAGGGGGAGGCCUGGAAGAGAGCCGGUCAGGGACCCGACCAGAGUCCGGGGCGGCUACGAGGACCCCAUCGAGGCGGAGCUGAUCGACGAGCGGCACCCCUACGUCCACAGUGUGUACACGGCGCCCCUCGCCCAGCCGGAGAGGGGCAGCAUGGCCAGCCUGGACCACAUGGGCCGCCGCUCACCCUCCAUCGACAGCAUCCGCAAGGACCCGCGCUGGAGGGACCCGGAUCUGCCCGAGGUCAUCGCCAUGCUGGGCCACCCCAUCGACCCGGUCAAGUCCAACGCCGCCGCCUACCUGCAGCACCUGUGCUACGAGAACGACAAGAUCAAGAAGGACGUGCGCCAGUUGAAGGGCAUCCCCAUCCUGGUGGGGCUGCUGGACCACCCCAAGCCCGAGGUCCACCGCAAGGCCUGCGGCGCCCUGCGCAACAUCUCCUACGGCAAGGACAACGACAACAAGGUGGCCAUCAAGAACAGCGACGGCAUCCCCGCCCUCAUCCGCCUGCUGAGGAAGACCAACGACAUGGAGGUCCGCGAGCUGAUCACAGGCACGUUGUGGAACCUGUCCUCCUACGAGCCCCUGAAGAUGGUCAUCAUUAACCACGGCCUCCAGACGCUGACCAACGAGGUGAUCAUCCCUCACUCAGGCUGGGAGCAGGAGCCCAACGAAGACUCCAAGCCCCGCGACGCCGAGUGGACCACGGUGUUCAAGAACACAUCGGGCUGUCUGAGGAACGUGAGCUCGGAUGGAGCAGAGGCACGCAGGAGGCUGAGGGAGUGCGAGGGCCUGGUGGACGCGUUGCUCCACGCACUGCAGUCUGCUGUGGGCAAGAAGGACAUGGACAAUAAGUCGGUGGAGAACUGCGUGUGCAUCAUGCGGAAUCUGUCCUACCACGUGCACAAGGAAGUGCCGGGGGCGGAGAAGUUCCUGGAGCCGACAGCCAAUCAGGCGCCAGGAUCUGGGGGUCCCCAGAGGAAGAAGAAGGACGACGCUGGCUGCUUCGGGGGCAAAAAAGCCAAAGAGGAGUGGUUUAAUCAAGGGAGGAAGAAUGGAGAGAACGACAAAAACUAUGACACACUGGACUUGCCCAAGCGCACCGAGCCAACAAAAGGGUCCGAGCUGCUGUACCAGCCCGAGGUGGUGAGGCUGUACCUCUCCCUGCUCACGGAGAGCCAGAACUACAACACCCUGGAGGCUGCGGCCGGGGCCCUGCAGAAUCUGAGCGCAGGCCAGUGGACUUGGUCCACGUACAUCCGAGCCACAGUGCGGAAGGAGAAAGGGCUGCCCAUCUUGGUGGAGUUAUUACGGUCCGACUCGGACAAGGUGGUCCGUGCUGUGGCCAUCGCUCUCCGAAACCUGUCCAUUGACCGGCGCAACAAAGAUCUGAUCGGGAGCUAUGCGAUGCGGGACCUGGUCAGUAAUUUGCCUAGCGGCCAGCAGAGACCUGCAAAGAACCUGGAGGAGGACACCGUAGUGGCCAUUCUCAACACCAUCCAUGAGAUUGUGACCGACAGCUCAGAGAAUGCCCGCUCUCUCAUCCAGGCCCAGGCCAUAGAGAAGCUGGUCGCCAUCAACAGGACAAGUCAGUCUCCACGGGAGACAAAAGCCGCUUCUCAUGUUCUCCAGACCGUAUGGAGCUACAAGGAGCUGAGGAACACGCUGAGCAAGGAUGGCUGGAAUAAAAUUCACUUCCAGCUGGGGGCAAAUCUGGUAAAUGGGUCAUCUAACAAAACCUCAAGUGUCGCGUGUGGCAGUCAAUUGAAAACAGCGUGUAAAUACUUUACAGGCAACAAGAAAUCUGCCACUGGUGAUAUGAUACCUAUGGAUGAACUCGGGCCAGAUGGGUAUUCCACUAUCGAUCAGCGGGAUAAAGAAAGCAAGUACAGGAAAGGCGACAGCUCGGGUGACUUGACAGAACGAGAACCUUUAAAGAAUGACACAAAUAGGAAAAACUUUAUCAGGAGUAACAGGCCCUCAGUGAAUCUGGUGGAUGCUUGUGACGUUAAACCUCAGCCUGUUGACUCGUGGGUCUAAUUGCAUGCAUGGCUUAAAAUAAAAAAAAACAUCUCAAUUAGAAGAGGAUCUCAUGUUUCACCACUGCCAUUAGACUUGGAGGUCAUUUUAUUGUUGACGUGUCAGCAGACCUUUUAAAAAAACGAACUUUUAUCGUCCAACAGACAAGUUUUCACAGAAAUUUAAAACAAGAUAACUACUACCACUCAUAUCAACAUUCCCACUGGACAUAGCACCCUUGGCCCUGGAACAAGCUCUUGUGUGGAUGGAUUCAGCAGGUAUCCAGGAGGAGGCUGGAGCAAAGCAAGACAAUGAAAGUGUGGUGUUGGGCAGAGGAAGACAUUUCAGGCAGCCGAUAAAAGCAAACACGUUGAACCAACUUAUUUUUUAACGCAGCCUGGUGUAGUCUCAAAUGGAACACACAGUUUGUUAGCACUUUUGUUUCGCAACUGUAAAAAACAUAGCUUCUAUUUUUAAAUUUGAGUUCAACUUCUGUUUUCUUUUUCCUGAGGCUUUCUUUUUUUUUCCCUUUCUGUUUUUUUUAUUACCGUUUUCAGGACUGAGGUGGGGAGCAGAGUGUUGGUUUUUGACGGAUUAACGAGGGGGAAGAUUUAUUUAUUUGUGGUUUGAGUUUGGGGACUAGAAAGUGUGCAGGGGUGGUGGAAAAUGUUUUGGGUAAAUGCUUCUGCUGUUUUCAUGUGCCAGCUUUGUAAACGUGCUUGGUUUUUAUUCCCAAAGAGGUCUGCUCUGGCCAUGAGCAAAAUCAAGGAAGGGUCUACUGACACCUAAUGAACCAGGAAGUCCAAAUCUGAGAGACCACCAUGAUGUUUUAGCGUUAUUUCUGAAGACUUGGCAUGUGUAGUUCUGCACAUCCCAAUGAAAUGGAGCAAACAAAAAAGAAUCACACAUUACAGAUGAUUAAAAGUUUCCUGAAACUUGUUCGGCCAUUACUUCUGAGAAGAUCUGCAGUAACCUUGCUGCAUGAAAAAAAAAAGGCAUAUUGGGGAUUGUCAAAAUCCUGGUUGUUCACUGGUAUUGCACAUCUCUUAAGAAAUCACUUUUGGGUUUUGUAUAAGAACUUCAGAAGGAAAAAGAAGUCCGUUUUGUGUGUGAGUGGUGAGCAUUACUGGGGAGUGGGACUGGCGAGAAAAGUGAGUUUGGGAGAGAGAAACGAAUUCCCGCUCUCAGAUUCAGAACUUACCUUUUAAAGCAUUUUAUAUUUUUUGUUGGUUUUAUAGAUGUACAUUAAGAUUACAAAGAAGACAUCAGACAGACUCUAAUUGGUCUUUAUACAUUGUGAUCUGUGUAUCCAUAUCGGAAUGUUUGGGAAGCACAUACAGUGGAUGUUUUUGUAUGAUAUAAUCAGUCACUUUAGCUAACAGUAUGUAACUAGCCUAUGGAACCAUGCUGAUCACGGAUUUAUAUUUUGUAUUGCCACAAGUAAAAAUAAUGACAGUUUUCUUUUUAAAGAAGAAGAAAACAUUUGAAUUGAUAACCUGAUUGCCAAAAUCGUUCAGGGUGGGGAGGGGGGAACCAGCAAAACUCUAAUGGCUGAGAAGACGUGAUGUGUGCAGCAGGGAUAGACAGACUAGAGAUGUCAAUAUUAUUGAAUCGUCUCAUCUCACUGCCAUAAUGCCGAGUUGCUCCAGAAUGUUUGACGUCUGUGUUAAUUAAAAUGUGCUCUGGUUUGCUAAUGCAUCUUUUUAAGUCUUUAAAGCAAGCAUGAAAAAAAAAUUGUAAGAUAUCAAAUGUUCUUCUGACUGUCAGUUCUCAAGUUGUUAAGGCCUUUGGAAUUGACCAGAAAAGAGGCAAGGCAGUUAUCGCCGAUUUCAAAGCGAACCUUACAUUCGUUUGUAACAGACAUGCUGGCUUUUAUUCCGAUUCGGAGACUUUGACAAUGGUUUCCACUAGAUCUGUGCUAUUUUAAAGUCCAAGUCAAAUGGGAAAAGAUCUGUUUUCUUCAGCAAUGGAAUGUUGUCAUUCUCCUUUUAUCCGAGUGGGCAGUCUCAUGUGUGGGCCGUGAUGGAUCAGUGCUGUAGAAGACGGCAGCAGAGCAGAGACAUUCAGGACUGUCUGAUUCCUGCGUCUUUAUGGAGGCUGGCAUGUACCUGCAUCGAAGUAUUAUUUUCUAUGUGAUGUGACUUUCUAAAGCUUGUAUUUUUACAAUAUGUUUACAAAAGCUUAUAUUACUACGAUAACAAUACUAAUGUUAAUUUGAAGAAAAAAAAAGAGAAAAUAGUCCAUGUUAAAGUAUUUAUACUGUGUGCUUUCAUGAAAUUUCCAUCUCUGUCUAUCCCUGGCUGCUACUAUACACUACCAAAGGGCCUGUAUUCAUUUUAUAUACCUAUGUAAAAGGCCAGGGGGUUAUUGCUAAAUAUAUUUUAACCUGUACUGAUACAAAUCUUGCUGUGAGAUAAGCUACAGCAGGAAGAAGACUAAGCAAGGCCUACCUGUAUAGAUAUCACUGAUCAAAACCCUUUCAAUAACGUUACUGUACUACUUAGUAGCAAAUGUGUUUGUAACUAUCAUGUGCCUUAAAAUUUUCAUGGUAGAUUAUUGAAAGAAAACCGAAACUUAACAAUGUGUUUUAUAUACUAUUACUCUUUUCUCUCUCUCUCUCGGUGUUAUCAGUGUAGUCUAGACUGGUGGUGGGUUUUUGCCUUGUAUUACAUUGUAUUAUAAACCUGAAAAAAAAAAACCUGAUAAAAUGUUAAAAUGCUUUGAUUUCAUAGAGGAAUAAGUUGGUUAUGCUUUCGUAGGAUCAGAAAUGCCACAGUAACAGAAUGUAUUAUGUUAAUUUCACUAAUAGCCUGUGGCAAGUAUCCAGCUUGUUAAAAUAAGGAAAACGAAGAGGUUUGUAGUAUAUGAAUUUGGUGUGUUUCCAAUAAACCAUGCCUGGAAAGAAUUCCCUGA